GGCCGGGCUCUUCCUCCCCGGCGUGCAGAGCUCGGGGCGCCCGCGGCCAUGGUCCCCGCAGUGGCACCGGGCGCCUGAGCCCCGGGACCCGCGCUAAGCUGGGCGCCCGCCUGCCCACCCCGGGGAGCCGAGCCGCGGCCUUGGGGUGCGCGCAGGCCUGGCGCGCCCGGAGGAGGUGGCGGCUGCAGAGACACCCCGGAGCUUCCUCCGCCGGGGCCGGAGCGGUCCUCGGCGCCGAGCUUUCAGGAGCGCUGCCUCCUUGCAGCUGGAGAUGACGCUCGCGCGGGUCCCGGCGCCCGACCUUUAGAGGGACUCGCGCCCCCGAACCGGCUACCAAGUCUCGUCCGGCUUCCCGGGCCCGAACAAAGCGUGUCGCCGCCAGCUCGGCCCAACGCCGGGCGCCGCGAGAGGCCCUCGGAAGGUGAGCGCUGUGGGCUAUGGGAUGGAUGAGGCGGAGCAGGAUCAGCAUGAGGCCCGACUCAAGGAGCUGUUUGACAGUUUUGAUACGACGGGCACCGGGUCACUGGGUCAGGAGGAGCUUACCGACCUGUGCCACGUGUUGAGCUUGGAGGAGGUGGCCCCAGCACUUCAGGAGACGCUGCUGCAGGACAGCCUCCUAGACAGGGUACACUUUGAUCAGUUUAAAGAGGCGUUAAUUCUGAUCUUGUCUAGAACUCUAUCAAAUGAAGAGCACUUUCAAGAACCAGAGUGCUCACUAGAAGCGCAACCCAAGUACGUUCGAGGGGGCAAGCGCUAUGGACGCAGGUCCUUGCCUGAGCUUCAGGAGUCCGUGGAGGAGUUUGCAGAGGUGACGGUGAUUGAGCCGCUGAGAGAAGAAGCCCGGCCUACGCACCUGCCCACUGCUGACGAUGACCGGAGUGAGCACUGGAAGCCGCAAGGCGGUGAGGAGUAUGAAGCUGAAGGCCAGCUAAGGUUUUGGAACCCUGACGAUCUGAAUGCCUCACAGAGCGGGUCUUGCCCGCCCCAAGACUGGAUAGAAGAGAAACUGCAAGAGGUUUGCGAGGACUUGGGGAUUACCCGCGAUGGUCACCUGAACCGCAAGAAGCUGGUCUCCAUCUGCGAGCAGUAUGGCUUACAGCAGGUCGAUGCAGAGACACUGGAGGAAGUGUUCCAUAACCUUGAUCCUGAUGGUACGAUGAGUGUGGAAGACUUCUUCUGUGGGUUGUUCAAGCAUGGGAAGUCCCUCACGCCAUCUGCAUCCACUCCGUACAGACAACUGAAGAGGCACCUCUCCAUGCAGUCCUUUGAUGAGAGUGGACGCCGCACCACAGCCCCGUCCGUGAUGGCCGGCACCAUUGGCUUCCGGGUCUUUUCGUGCUGGGAUGAUGGGAUGGGCCAGGCCUCUGUGGAGCGCAUCCUGGACACCUGGCAGGAGGAGGGCAUUGAGAACAGCCAGGAGAUCCUGAAGGCUUUAGAUUUCAGCCUGGAUGGCAACGUCAACCUGACAGAACUGACACUGGCUCUUGAGAAUGAGCUUCUGGUCACCAAGAAUGGCAUCCACCAGGCAGCCCUAGCCAGCUUCAAGGCCGAGAUCCGGCAUUUGCUAGAACGAGUGGAUCAAGUGAUGAGAGAGAAAGAAAAGCUGCGGUCAGACCUGGACAAGGCUGAAAAACUCAAAUCCCUGAUGGCCUCAGAGGUGGACGAUCACCAUGCGGCCAUCGAGAGGAGGAAUGAGUACAACCUCAGGAAACUGGAUGAAGAGUACAAGGAGCGCAUAACCGCUUUAAAGAAUGAACUGCGGAGAGAGAGGGAGCAGAUCCUGCAGCAGGUGGGCAAGCAGCGCGUAGAACUUGAGCAGGAGAUUGAGAAGGCGAAGACAGAAGAGAGCUACGUCCGGGACCGCCUCGCGCUCUCUUUAAAGGAAAACAGCCGUCUGGAAAAUGAGCUGCUGGAGAAUGCAGAGAAGUUGGCCGAGUAUGAGAAUCUGACCAACAAACUUCAGCGAAGUUUGGAAAAUGUGUUAGCAGAAAAGUUUGGUGACCUUGACCCCAACAGUGCUGAGUUCUUCCUGCAAGAAGAGAGGCUGAUGCAAAUGAGGAACGAAUACGAACAGCAGUGCAGGAUUUUGCAAGACCAAGUGGAUGAGCUCCAGUCUGAGCUGGAAGAGUACCGUGCACAAGGCAGAGGAUUUAGGCUUCCCAUGAAGAGUUCGCUGUCCGAGGAACUGGACGGUAACGGCUGUGGCCUUGAGCCCAACCAGGGGCUGGGUUCUGAGGAAUGCAAUCCCUUGAAUAUGAGCAUUGAGACGGAGAUGGUUAUUGAACAGAUGAAGGAACAGCACCAGGAGGAUAUGUGUCGCCUAAAACUGGAGCUGGAAGAUAAGGUGCACCACUAUGAAAUGCAGCUGCAGGAAAGCAGGGCUGCCUGUGAAAAGGAGCAGGAGGCCACGAAGCAGAAGUACGAGCAGGAAGUGCAUGCCUUGAGGAAGCAGAUUGGUGACCUGAAACAGGAAAUCGCCGAACUUCAGGGGCAGGCAGAGGUGCUGAAGGAAGCGCACCGGGAGGCCACCAGCAGGCAUGAGGAGGAGAAGAGGCACCUACAGGCCUCCUUUGAGGAGCAGCAGACUGGCCUGCGGGAGCAGCUCAGGCUGGAGCAUGAGCAGGAGCUCCAGGAGAGGCUGGAGCAGGCAGAGGAGCGGUUUAGCCGGGAGAGGGAAGGCCUCCUCCAAGGCAGCUCCUGGACAGAAGAGAAGGUGAGAGGCUUGACCGAGGGCCUCGAACGGUUUCACCAGGAGCAGCUGAAAAGCCUGGGGGAGAAACAUGCUCUUGAGAAAGAAGAGCUAAGGAAAGAGCUCGUGGAGCAGCACCAAAGAGAACUUCGCGAGGCAAGGGAAAAAAUGGAAACCGAGUGUUCUAGAAGAACCUGUGAGCUAGAAGCCCGGUUUCAGGCCGACUGUCAGAAAGUCACGGAGAGCUGUGAAAAUGCCUUGCAGAGCCUGGAGGGGCGCUACCGCCAGGAGCUGAGGGAGCUCCGGGCGCAGCAGCGGGAGGAGAAAUCCCAGUGGCAGUUUGAGAAGGACGAGCUCACCCAGGAGUGCGCGGAAGCCCAGGAGCAGCUGCAGCAGACUCUGAAGCGGGAGAAAGCCACUUCCCUGGUCCUGACCCACGAGAGAGAGAUGCUCGAGAAAACGUACAAAGAGCACCUGAACAGCAUGGUUGCCGAGAGAGAGCAGCUGCUCCAAGAUCUGGAAGAGCUGAGGAAGUUGUCCGAGAGCCAGCAUUGGCGCCUCUCAGACCAGGCGCUGCAGCCAGAGAGCAGAGUGCACGGAGAUGUGAGUGGCGGUGAGCAGGAACCAGGCCUGACCGGGGCUAACCAGCUGCUGGCCAGCCAGCGACUGGAAAAGCUCCACGCGGAGCAUGAGCUCCAGCGGCAGGACUGGACAUGCAAGCUGCUGGCCCUGGAGAGCAUGCACAAAGCGACCUGUGAAAAAGCCGAUCGGGAGAGGGCUCAGAUGAGCUCAGAAAUCGCCAGACUGCAGGAUCGAAUCAGGGAAAUGCAGCAGGUGCCAGCUCAUCUGGCUGAGUCGCAGGGCAGUGGUGAGGCCAUGGGAGAGGAAGUGGAGGACGGAAGAGGAACCAUGACGCUACUUCAGCAAGGGCAGCAGCUGCUGGAGGAGAACGGCGACGUCCUUGUGAGCCUGCAGCGGGCUCACGAACGGGCUGUGAAGGAGAAUGUAAAGAUGGCUGCGGAAAUUUCUAGAUUGCAGCAGAGGCUGAGAACAUUGGAACCGGAAUCAAUCACGUCCUCUCACUCCAAUAAGGCAGCCACUGAGUUUUUUGCAGAUUCUAUGGACCAAGUGGAAUCGUUUUUGUCCCAAAACCAGUCGAAGCAAGGAGACAGCGUAACCACCCGGCGCCGCCUAAGCAACCCACAAGACAACGAGGCCCAGGACCAGGAAAGUACAGAGACAGGUUCUGUUCCGAGACACGAGAUCAAAAUGGAGGAGUCUGACGCUUCCCUCGAGAGUUUCUCAGAGCUUGAGAACAGUGAGGGGACCAGGACUGAAUCCUGGGACCUUCGGGUCCGGAUCAGUCAGCUUCGGGAACAGCUGGCGAGUCUGCGGGCAGAUUGCGAUCGUGUGUCCGAAAGGAAGCAGCACCUGCUGUGCGAGGUGUCCGUGCUCAAAAAGAAGCUCAGGCUACUGGAGAAACUUCCCGAGGUUCCCUCCAAGUACAAGCUGCUGUACAACGAUAUGAGCCAGGAAAAUGAUUGCCUACAGGAUGAGCUGAGCGUGAUGGAGACGCGCUACGGUGAGGCCCUAGAGAACAACCGGGAGCUCAGGUCUGAGGUCUUCCGAUUGCAAGGCGAGCUGAGGAAAGCCGAGGAAGCAGCUGAGACUUUGCUUAAGUUGGAAAAGAGCUACGAUGAUAUCAGGGCAGAGAACGAGGAGCUCAGGGAUCUGGUGUUGAGACUUCAAGAACAGCUUGAAAUGCUGCAAGAAGAAACGGCAGGACAGUGUGACUGUUCCACCUCAUGGGACACCCGUGUGGAUGACCUGGAAGGGGAAGUUGAACUCAAUCAGACGCUGGAAGAGUGUGUAGCCAGGGGCCUCAGUGUGCACCGCAUGACCAAAGAAGGGAAGCAAGAAAUGCUUUGCCUGGAGCAGCAGAAGAUGCAACUCUUGGGAAAAAGCAAAGCAUGGGAUGCUGGCUGGGGCCACAGAACCAGUCAGGUGCGUCCAGAACAGGCUUGCACACAAGGUCAAGUUAAACCAGAGGAAGACACAGCUCUCCUGGGCUUUUGGGAGGAGUGCUCUCGACGUCAGGUCACCGUAGCCGAGCUGGCCCUGGAGAAGAGGAAACUCCAGGAGCUCACACGGAGGUUGAGGGAGCGAGUCACGACUUUAGUUCAACAGAAAGGUGGGCCUGGCCAAGGGGAGGAAGAGGAGGAGCUGAAGGCAGUGAUGCACGACCUGCAAACGGCGUGCAGUGAGAUGCAGCACAAGGUUGAGCUUCUGAGAUAUGAAUCCGAAAACCUUCAAGAGGAAAAUUCUAUUUUGAGAAAUGAAAUUACUACUUUAAGCGAAGAAGAUAGCAAUUCUAACCUGGAGUCGGGGAAAUUAAAUGGAUCUCGGGAAGAAAUGUGGCAAAAAAUAGAAACAGUGAAACAGGAAAAAGCUGCAAUUCAGAAAAUGGUUGAAGAUUUAAAAAAACAACUUUCAGAGUUAAAAAUCAAAAACCAACAGUUGGAUUUGGAAAAUACAAAACUAAGCCAAAAGAACUCUCAAAAUCAGGACGAACUGCAAGAGCUUAAUCAACGUCUGGCAGAAAUCCUAUGCCAAAAGGAAGAAGAGCCAGCGAGCAGGGCAUUCAAGGAAUGGGAGCAAGAAAACUCGAAUCUCAAAGACGAACUGGAGCGUUGUAAAGUGCAGUCUUCCACAUUGGUGUCUUCUCUGGAAGCAGAGCUGUCUGAAGUUAAAAUGAAGACCCAUAUUGUGGAACAGGAAAAUCUUCUUCUCAAAGAUGAACUGGAAAAAAUGGAACGACUGCAUGGAUGUCGUGAUGUCUGUGACUUUGAGCAGAAAAUCUCUAGUGUUCUGAGCUACAACGAACAACUGCUGAAAGAGAAAGCGGCUCUGAGCGAAGAAUUAAGCAGCUGUGUGGAUAAGUUGGCAAAAUCCACUCUUCUGGAGCAGAGGAUUGCUAUGAUGAAACAGGAACAGAAGACUUGGGCACAACAGAGUGAGAGCCUAAAGUCACAGCUUGUGGCUUCCCAGGAAAAGGUUCAGAAUUUAGAAGAGAACCUGCACAGCGUCAACCUGCACCUGUCCCGGAUAAAAUCUGACCUCCGAGCAACACAGCAGGAAAAGGAGGAGUUAAAGCAGGAAGUGAUGGCUUUGCGGAAGCACCUGCAGGAUGCUGGAGACAAGCACUGGGCCGCAGACACAGCUACCUGUCCCUCAGGAUCCCACAGCCAGCAGUGGAGAUUGUCUUGGGAUGAGUUGGAUCAUCUGAUGAACCAGGAACCGCAGCUACUUUGGCAAGAGAAUGAGCGGCUAGAGAACAAGGUGCAGAAAGCCAGAGUGGAAACCAUGCACCCCCGGGGAAAGGUCCAUCAAGGUGAAUCCAAGUUCCUUGUCCCCAAGCAGCAGAAACACCUGAACCUCUCGGGACCUGGGAGACUCAUGGAGCAGGACAAGCUGAGCUUGAAGCAGGAGAGUGAACAGUUCCAGACUGGACGCCCCCCUGCUCCGUGGAAGGUCAGCCAGGUGAAUUCCCUUGAACAAGAAUUAGAAGCGACUCACUUGGAAAAUGAAGGUCUGAAAAAGAAACAAGUGAAACUGGAUGAGCAGCUUGUGGAGAUGCAGCACCCGAGGUCCACUGUGAUGCCUAACCCCGCCCCUCAUGCUUGGGAUCUGCAGCUGCUCCAGCAGCAAGCCUGUCCGAUGGGGCCCCGGGAGCAGUUGCUGCAGCUUCAACACCAGCUGCUGCAGGCAGAAAGGACAAACCUGCGCCUGCACGAGGAGCUUGACAACCGGACUUCUGAUACCAGCACACCACAGGGAAACCAGGAGCAACUGGUAACAGUCAUGGAGGAACGAAUGCUAGAAGUUGAGCAGAAACUGAAGCUGGUGAAGAGGCUUCUUCAGGAGAAAGUGAAUCAGCUCAAGGAACAACUCUGCAAGAACACCAAAGCAGAUGCAAUGGUGAAGGAUUUAUAUGUUGAAAAUGCCCAAUUGUUGAAAGCUCUGGAAAUGACUGAACAGCGACAGAAAACGGCAGAAAAGAAAAAUUACCUCCUAGAAGAGAAGAUUGCCAGCCUCAAUAAUAUAGUCAGGAAUCUGACACCAGCGCCACUGAUUUCUACCCCACCUCUGAGAUCUUAGCCAAACCAAACGAUACAUGUGGAUCUGUGCACUUUACUGAAAUACGUAGAACAUUUCAAUAGAUUCUAUUCAGCCUCAUGUUUUCCUUAAUCUUGAAUGGCUUAAAGGACAAGUUAAGCCUUAAAUCUGCAACCAACAGAUUUGGAGUCUUCACAGUCAUUGUAAUUACUUUUCCAAAUAGACCAUUAUGGGAGUUUCACACAAAUAUUCAUAUUUGUUUAAGUUAUUCUGAAAUGUAUGUAUCUAUGUAUUUUAGUAGCCACCAUGAAAGUGUAUCUAUGGAAACAAUUUUCAAAAACCAAGUUUUGUGGCUGUUAAACUGAUUAUGUAUAAAUUUGCGUAGGGUCCAACUAUUUUGAGUUCCGAUUAGGGUGGUUAUGAGAUUUAUUUUAAAACUACAUUUAGGGUUCCUACACAGGUGAACACUGUAGUGUCAUUCUUUUUUUGAUAGUUGAUUCUCUGGAUUAUCUGGUGGAAUGUAACUGAUAAAAAGAUUGGGCUCUGCAACCCUGUGGUCACAAGAACACAAGUUCAUAGAACUUUACUUUUUACUAACUAAUGCUUAUGACAGUAUUAUCACUCUUAAUGUACUGCAGACUGAGAUCUGAUUUACUCAACCAUACUCUUACAUUAAAGCUUUACUUUUUUUUCAGUGACCUUCCCCCCACCCACCUCUUUAGAAGUUUCACUUAGGAACUUGUCUAAGAAGCUCAAUAAAGUCAACAUCUUAAAGCAUUUGUACUAUGAAGAAAACACCAAACAAACCACUUGGAAGUAAACAGCUACUCUUGGACUAUAGAUAAGCAAGAUAUUUUCUUGGAAUUCAUGAACUUACCCUUGGGGUUGCCUCAAGAACUCAGGGAAGAACCAUCAAAGCUGUCUUCCUGAACUACUGUAGGGC